GACACCGGAAGUGACACCGCGGUGCAGCUCAGGUUCCGCUGUGCUCGGACUGUCAUCUCUUCUCCCCGACGUGGCUGGCUCUCCAUCAACAUUUAACUGUUCCUCCAACACCCCAGACCCGCGGUAAAGAUGGCUGGACGGCUCCCGGCGUGUGUGGUGGACUGCGGUACCGGUUACACCAAAUUGGGAUAUGCAGGAAACACAGAGCCACAGUUCAUAGUUCCCUCAUGUAUUGCCAUAAAAGAAUCUGCAAAGGUUGGAGACCAGGCCCAGAGGAGGAUGAUGAAGGGGGUGGAUGACCUGGAUUUCUUCAUUGGAGAUGAAGCAGUUGAUAAACCUUCAUAUUCAACUAAGUGGCCUAUCCGCCAUGGAAUUGUGGAGGACUGGGACCUGAUGGAACGCUUCAUGGAGCAGAUCAUCUUCAAAUAUCUGAGGGCUGAGCCUGAAGACCACUACUUUCUUUUAACAGAACCUCCACUGAACACACCAGAGAACCGAGAGUACACGGCUGAGAUCAUGUUCGAGUCCUUCAACGUGCCGGGGCUCUACAUCGCUGUGCAGGCUGUGCUGGCUCUGGCAGCGUCCUGGACGUCCAGACAGGUGGGGGAGCGGACUCUCACCGGCACCGUCAUCGAUAGUGGGGACGGAGUCACUCACGUCAUCCCUGUGGCUGAAGGUUACGUGAUCGGCAGCUGUAUAAAACACAUUCCCAUCGCAGGACGAGACAUCACUUACUUCACCCAGCAGCUGCUCCGGGAGAGAGAAGUGGGGAUUCCCCCUGAGCAGUCUCUGGAGACGGCCAAGGCCGUGAAGGAACGGUUCAGCUACGUGUGUCCGGAUCUGGUCAAAGAGUUCAGCAAAUACGACACGGACGGCUCCAAGUGGAUCAAACAGUACACCGGAAUAAACUCCAUCAGCAAGAAGGAGUUCACCAUCGACGUGGGGUACGAGCGCUUCCUGGGGCCCGAGAUCUUCUUCCACCCAGAGUUUGCCAACCCUGACUUCACCCAGCCCAUCUCUGAAGUGGUGGACGACGUCAUUCAGAACUGUCCUAUCGAUGUCCGGCGUCCUCUCUACAAGAACAUCGUCCUGUCCGGCGGCUCCACCAUGUUCAGGGAUUUUGGCCGGCGUCUGCAGAGGGACGUGAAGAGGACGGUGGACGCCCGGCUGAAGAUGAGCGAAGAGCUGAGCGGAGGCAAGCUAAAGCCCAAACCCAUCGAUGUCCAGGUCAUCACUCAUCACAUGCAGAGAUACGCAGUCUGGUUCGGGGGGUCAAUGUUGGCAUCAACUCCGGAGUUCUACCAGGUUUGCCACACCAAGAAGGAUUACGAGGAGAUUGGACCGAGCAUCUGUCGCCACAACCCCGUGUUCGGGGUCAUGUCUUAACUCUUGGCCUUUAUACAUUCUAGCAGUGGGGGGGGGGUCAGUGACAUUACAAUGGAAAUUUCAAUGAUCAACCUGUGGAUGUGAGAAGAGAAGACUAUUCAGAAAGAGAAAUUUGUUUAAAAAGGGGGGGGGUGGGGGGGACUAGACCAAACAGACUGGCAGGAAUUUGUGAAUGCUCUUUUUGUUUCCCUUUGUUUCUUUUUAUUUUAUUCCUUUUUGCCAAAUGAGCGGUAAUGGUUUGUAAGCCGAGCAAAUGUGUCACUGUUAAGUUUCUCAGCGAGUCGUGAUGAUGGUUGAUGUUGGUCCAGCAGGAAGACACAAGUCUUCUAAUACCAGGAUAUUUUAUUUAUGCUUUUCAAAAGUCCCAAUAAGAUCUCAUUGACAAAUUUAGAACAUUCUCCAUUGUAGUUUUUUACUGUUUCAAUUGCACAUUCCUGCAUCACAGUAUUAUUAUUUUUUUUAAGCAAGAUUUAUGAAAUCAAGAGAGCAAGAGACUGAUAAUGAUGCAGCUUUGAUAAGCAGUGAUGGAAAGCUGUUUUACCCAUGUCUAUUUGAUAUCUCCCAUUUAUUUCUUCAUAGACGCGUUCAUAUCUGCCUUUACCUCAAACGAUAUCAAGUUUCCACCUAUGCAUGCAGUGAAACAAAAGAGCAGAUUUCCUGAGGUGAUUAAAAGGAAAGGGAAUGAGAAUAACAGAAAGGGCAGUGUAAGAUCAGUAUUGUUGGGCUGCAUUUUUAUUUUUAUUAAAUGCCACAUUAUUAAAAAAAAAAAAAAAAGUGUAUGUAAUGCCUGGCAACAUUCCAAUAAAGGCGCAGAUUUGUUUCUAAUGA